AUGCCCGAUUCCUUCUCACCGAGGGACUUCAUCCUCGGAACCCUCGUCGGCUUCCUCGUCGCCGUGGCGCUCGUGUCCAUCGGUACCUUCGCAUUUCUCCGCACAAGCGACGCCUACUCUCUCGGGCACUGGAAGCUGAACCUCAGAACCCCCCUUGGGUCCAUGUGGAUGAACCUAGGAUUCUGGAAGACGGAUGACGGAAAGCCAACAGAGCAUUUCGACGAAGCGACACGGGCCUUGUUACAACAGAUUCUGGAAGCCGCGGGGCUCCGUGCAAAAGAUGACUCGCCCGCAGGGCAGGAUUCCGUUGCCGUGCUCGAUCUGGGCUUUGGCUGUGGCGACCAGACCAUGGCGCUGGCCAGGCUGAUCCGCGCUGAGAACAGGUCGCGAUUCCGGUACGUCGGGCUCACGCUCGACGAGGCACAGCUUCAGACCGCACGGAGGACGCUCGACAGAGCCUUUGCAUCGGGGAAUGGCGGCGAGGCGGCCGGACUGUCUCCGGACUGGUUCAAGCUGUUCCGCGCGAAUGCCGCCCGGCCCGAAACGUGGAGCAGGGCGAUACGCUCGUCGGUGGAGGGGUUGGCGCACGAGGCCUUUUCUGAGCGCUGGCUCAUGGCGCUGGAUUGUCUAUAUCACUUCUCGCCUUCUAGGCGGCCCGUCUUCAAAUUUGCUGCCAAGACUCUAAACGCACACGUCAUGGCCUUUGACUUGAUCCUGGAUGAAGAGGCAUCGAACUGGAAUACGCUGUUGGUGAGGCUCGUGGGGCUGGUCAUGGGAUGCCCCCUGCGCACAUUUCUCACGGAGGCCCAGUACAGACAACAACUGGUUGAGUGUGGCUACAAUGGUGAACACAUUGAGAUUCGAGAUAUCUCGGAUCAUGUGUUUGCCGGUGUGUCCGGAUAUCUGAAAAGACAGGAGGCUGCGCUGGGCCAGUAUGGAAUAUCCCUGGGAGGUUUCAAGCUGGCAGGGAGGCUGUUUGCGUGGUUUGAUAGAACCAGAGUGGUGAAGGCGGCGAUUGUGGUUGGGCGGACAAAAAAGGGGGACAAGCUGAAUGACGUUUGA